UGUCUCUCUCUCUCUUUCUCUCUCUCUCUCUAUCGCUCUCUCUCUUUCUCUCCCUCUAUCUGUUUUGCAUUCGUAUCCACCCCUCCCUCCUCUUCUGCUUUCAUUCAGAUUAUUUACCCAUCUCCUUCUGACUCCCUCUGCUAUUUCUUUCUCCUCCCUCUCUUCCUCGCCACUGCCGCUGCUCUAGCCGCCUCACCCUACAUCCCUCCCUUUCUACCAACGCUCCCUCCCUCCUCCUCCUCCUCCUCCUCCUCUUCGUCCUCCUCCUCCUCCUUUUGGAGAUCUUCAAAGCUGACCAGCACACACUCGCACAUAGCAUAACACACUCCUCUCCUGCGUGGGAAAAACAUGUCAGCUAUUCUGGACCUGGACCAGAUUGCAUGCUCUGGGAAUGGAGUGGAGCAUGACAUUGAGACCCCCCAUGGCGUUCUCCAUGUGACAAUGAGAGGUGUUCCCAAGGGCAACAGACCCGUCAUCCUCACCUAUCACGACAUCGGCCUCAACCACAAGUCGUGCUUCAACACCCUCUUCAACUAUGAGGACAUGCAGGAGAUCACGCAGCACUUUGCAGUGGUCCACGUGGAUGCGCCCGGCCAGCAGGAGGGCGCACCUCCCUUCCCCACCGGUUAUCGCUACCCGACGAUGGACGAAUUGGCUGAAAUGUUGCCCUCUGUGAUGACUCAGCUCAAGGUCAACAGCGUGAUCGGCAUUGGCGUGGGAGCAGGAGCAUACAUCCUCUCCCGCUUUGCACUAAACAACCCGACCCUGGUUGAGGGGCUGGUUCUGAUCAACGUGGACCCAUGUGCCGAAGGCUGGAUCGACUGGGCAGCUUCGAAGCUGUCUGGAUGGACCAGUAACUUGGUGGACAUCGUCAUGUCUCACCACUUCAGCGCCGAUGAGCUGACAGAUAACCAGGAGCUGAUCCAGACCUACCGCCUCCACAUCGCCCAAGACAUCAACCAGGACAACCUGGCCCUCUUCUGUGGCUCCUACCAAUACCGUCGGGACCUGGAGAUCGAGAGGCCAGUUGUCGGUCUGAAUGAGGACACAGUCAACACACUAACGUGCCCUGCUUUGCUGGUGGUUGGUGACACAUCACCUGCUGUGGAGGCCGUAGUGGAGUGCAAUUCCAGGUUAAAUCCGACCAAGACCACACUGCUAAAGAUGGCUGAUUGUGGAGGCUUGCCCCAAGUGGUACAGCCAGGGAAACUUGCUGAGGCCUUCAAGUACUUUGUUCAGGGAAUGGGCUACAUUCCCUACGUUCUUCUCAGUCACCUGAGCAACGAAUCAGUGCCGUCAGCAGGAAUGACUCGUCUGGCUCGCUCGCGCACCACCUCCUCCUCCAGCAUCACCUCCAUGGACAGCAGUCGCAGCCGCAACAACCUCAACAGCCUGCUGGAGGGCAGCGCCACCGGGGCCCUGGACAACCAGGCCGGACCCCAGACCAUGGAGGUCUCCUGCUGAACUCCACCCCAACCCGACCCCUGCACACCCCCAUAGUAACUUAUGUGUCCCCUCCCUCUCUCCCUCCCCCUCCCUUUCGCUCUCUCUCUUCUCUCUCUCAACCUGCUCCCUAAGCACCUCCAUGCCAGGAGGAUCUGUAAUGAACUAUGUGAUUAGAAAAAGAUGAUGUAAUAAAUAUAUUAACAGAUGCAUAUUAUUAAAUAUUGAAUAUUGAAUACACUGUCAAAGUCACAUUCCAACCAGAAACCAUAACUACAUUCAGAUGUGUUGUAUAUUCAGAUGGUCAAACCAUAUCAUUGACUCAGCUUUCCCACUUUGUAUUUAUUUUUUUUUUUCACAUUGUCUUUGUUUUAAAUGUCUUCACACAAACUGUAGAAAUUCUCCAUGUCUUCAAAACAAUUUAUUUUUCAUUACACGGUACAUCACUUUUACUGUUUCAGCUCUUCUCCUCAGUUGUGAACUCUAAACUUGUGGGUUGCAUUGAUUGUGAGUCACCGUAUCUUCUUGUUUUUAAUCUCAAAUUCGCUGCAGCGUUGCACUGAAUUAGUCACAAAGCAUACAGACGGAUCACUAAACCUACCGUAGCUGCAGAAUUAAAGGUGAAGUGAUGUGGAUGAUAAACUGUAGCACACCAUCAGUAAAACUAAAUCAAAGCUGUAGAGAGAGCAUUCAGUGUGAAGGAGAAGUCCUGUACCAGUGUGUCACCUCUGUCAUUUCACAUGCACUCGUUCAUUUUGGAUUCUUUUUGUAAUUGAACUCCUUUUCUUCCUGCCUUGUGUUGAUGUUUUCGUUCAGUUAAAUAGAUUCUCCAGUGAUGUUUUAACAACCUGUAACAAGUGGGUUUCUGAUGUGAAAAGUAUGAGUCCUUUCACCGAGGGGCCCAGCGGUGCUUCUCACUAUCUGCUGAUUCAACUCAUUUAUAUUACUACUGAAUAAAGCUACAACAUAAGAACA